GAGGAGGAGGAAGGGGAGGAGGAUGCUCUGUGCUUGGAGAGACUGGAGCAGCAGCGUUAUCCUGUACAAGCAGCCCGGACGGCCACAAGUGAUCAGAGCAUCUUCAGCCCUGUAGAUGUACGAGCUCCAUAGUGCAGCUUCCAGUCCUGGGUCAAGACCCAGUGAUUGAAACGCAAAAAGAAGACAGAAGAAGAGAGAGAAAGGCCAUGGGGCUUUAUAAAGGGAAAAAUGUAUGUUGGCACCAGCCUUUCUUCUUCUUGCUGCUGAUGAUCACAGUGUCAUCCACCCAAAGUCAAGGAUGUCCUCAGCGUUGCGAUUGCAUUACCAAGCUGAAGACUGUGUCCUGUUUUGCUAAACGCCUUUCCUCCCUGCCAGAGGGAAUCCCACCAGACACCAAAGUCUUGGACCUAAGUGGGAAUAAACUACGCUGGAUAGAACAAGAUGAUCUUCUUCCAUAUUCACGCCUGGAAAAAUUAGAACUUAGUGAUAAUAUGAUCAGCGUCCUGGAGCCAAAUGCAUUUUCAAGUCUUCAGAACUUGCAGACACUUUCUCUAAGGGGUAACCAGUUAAAACUGGUUCCAAUGGGUGCUUUCUCACGUCUUUCCAACCUCACCUCAUUGGAUUUAAGUGGAAAUAAGAUUGUAAUUCUUUUGGACUACACUUUUCAGGACCUAAAAAGUCUGAAGAAUCUGGAAGUUGGUGACAAUGACUUGGUUUACAUAUCUAACAAAGCUUUUCUGGGUUUGGUAGGACUCAGGGAACUGACAAUUGAAAGAUGCAACCUGACAUCAGUGUCCAGUCAAUCAUUAUCUUAUCUACAUAAUCUAGUAACUCUGAGGCUCCGAUAUCUUAGCAUAUCCUCCUUAGACGACCAGAAUUUUCGAAAACUUGGAAAUCUUAGGGGUCUGGAGAUUGAUCACUGGCCAUUUUUGGAAUACAUAUCCCCUCAUAGCCUACAGGGCCUUAAUUUGUCUUGGCUGUCCAUCACCCACACCAACAUCACCUCUGUACCAACAUCUGCACUUCGUAGUCUGGCUCACCUCACCAUCCUCAAUCUUUCUUACAACCCAAUAACUGUGUUGGAGUCUUGGGGCCUGCGAGACCUCAUCAGGCUGAAGGAGCUGCAUCUAGUCAACACUAACCUGGCAGUAGUGCAGCCCUAUGCGCUUGGGGGUCUGAGGCAAAUACGGCUUCUAAAUCUUUCAAGCAACAGGUUGGUAACCCUAGAGGAGGGAGCCUUUCAGUCUGUCAACACUUUGGAGACGCUUCGUUUGGACAGAAACCCUCUUGCAUGCGAUUGUCGUCUGCUCUGGAUCCUUCAACGUAGGAAGACCCUUAAUUUUGAUGGUGCCUCCCCUGUGUGUAUAGCCCCUGUUGAAGUCCAAGGACGGGCUCUGAGUGCUUUCACUGACUCAGCUCUAUUUGACCACUUUACCUGUCAGAAGCCUAAAAUCCGUAACAGGAAACUGCAGCAGAUAUCUGCACGUGAAGGGCAAGUCGUUUCAUUUAUCUGCAGAGCAGAAGGUGAACCCACACCAAUUAUAUACUGGAUUACUCCUCAGCGUCGGCGCAUAACUACAAAAAGUAGUGGACGCUUGACUGUAUUACCGGAGGGCACCCUGGAAAUACGUUAUGCCCAGGUAACAGAUAGUGGAACCUACAUUUGUAUAGCUAGCAAUGCUGGUGGAAAUGACACCUACUUUGCUACACUUACAGUAAGUGGACUGCCGCUGGAUGCAGCACUCAUGGCUAACCGCACAUAUUAUGCGGGGGACCUUAAUGACACAAAUUUGAAUGACACCAAGGUGUUCUUGAAGUUCACCCUUGACCUUAAAACCAUUCUUAUAUCUACAGCUAUGGGCUGUAUCAUGUUUCUGGGAGUGGUCCUGUUCUGCUUCAUAUUGCUUUUUGUGUGGAGUCGGGGGAGAGGACAGCACAAGAACAACUUCUCUGUUGAGUAUUCUUUCAGAAAAGUUGACGGACCUGCAGCCAGUGGAGGCCAAGGGGGUGCACGCAAGUUCAACAUGAAAAUGAUUUGACUCUGCAAAACUCUUGGUGUCUUAUAUUUGUUUGUUUAUAAACUAAGACGAAAAGUAACAGGACAAAUGUGGAAAAACGUAAAAAAUGGAUCAUCCUAUGGACAAUUUAUUAGAUGGGUUUUUUUUAACUGUUGUAUGCAUGCAAAAUGUCAAACUACAGUAUGAUGCUUUGAUACAUUUCUACAGCUAUUUGUUUUGUUCAUAUAAUUGUAAAUAUUAAUUCAAUUCAAGUGAAAUAGGUCUCAAAACUUUGAAGAGACUGUUAAAAACCAAACCACUUAAGCACUCUACAUUCUUCCAGUAUUAAACCUUCACAAAAGUCAUGCUGAUGCGUUCUUUCCUGAAAUGAUGUCAUCCUCACCUUUGACCUCCAACCCUCUGCUCCAUUUGAGGUGACUCAAGAACACCCUGCUGAUGAAGACACAACUACAAGGUGGUGCUUAGUAAUUGCCAAGGACUAUAACUAUUUAAUGCAAAUCUAAACCUGUAUAAGAUGCAGGCAUUUCACAAUGCGUUAUCCAAUGGAUUUUUUUGAAAAUAGACCAACUUAGUACCAGUCUCUGGAACACUGCCACUUUCACUACAGAGCACAUUGUGCCGAGCUGGACAGAUUUAUUUAAACCCUGGAUAAAGUACUGUAAAAAAAUAAAUAAAUAAAUAAAUAAUAAUAAUAUUUGCUUUAGUUGCAAAAGUUGGGUCUCACAUUAGAUUUGUUGUAAAAAAAUGGAACCUUUGAGUUAUUUAUUUAGCUAUGGUACUUCUAAUAUCCCUUGAAAAACAAGAAAAACUAAAAUCUUUAAACAAACUAAUACCUUAUUACCUUAUAGCUUAUGUAUUCAAAGAGAGAGACCCAGUUCUGUUAGCUACUGGCCUACAGUGUGCACAAAGCCUCAUAUUUAUGUCUUUAUGCCAGACAAACCUGUGGGUUAAGAUGAGUUUAGGAUUGAGAUUUUAGGACAAAUAAACCCCACCUCAGAUGGGUUUGGUAUAAAACGCACAAUAAAUUGUGGAAAUGUACCUCAUGGAAGUGAUGUAUACUCUGUUACAGUGGUGGCCUGCUUCUCUUCCAAAAAGCCUGGGAACCAUAUUAGAGUUGAUAUUGUCAUUACACUGUCAUGGUUACAGAGCAAAAUUAACUCUCUGCAUUUAAUUCAUCCCCUUGGGGAGCAGUGGGCUGCCAUUGUGUGGCUCCCGGGGAGCAUUGUGGGCGUUAAGGGUCUUUGCUCAGAGACCUAGAGUGGCAGUCUGUGGGAGUGGGGCUCGAGCUCAGAACCUUAGAAUUCCAAGCUCUAUGCCUUAACCACUAGGUCGCCACUCCCAUCAGAGUCUCCUGUCCAGCAUCAAGAACUCUAGGAAAUACCAGGAAUUUCAGAGUCUUUAAUAGGAUACUAAUCUGAACCAUAUGCUUAGAUCGACUUAGCAAUGAUUUGCUAAUAGCGCUGAAACAAUUAAUCAAUUAUUUUAAUAACCGUCAACUAAUUAGUAAAUAAUUAACUGUUAACUAGAGUAUAGAGACUCUGAAACAUGUCUUUAGCUGACAGAGCAACCCAAUUAGCAGUAAUUAUACCAAAAUUAUUUUUUUUAAAAUGUAUAAACAUGUUGCAUUUAGGAUAAGAAAACUUUCUCUUCUGUCAAUAUGCUCUAACCAGAACUCCUCAAGUGAAAUCAAUUUAGUUUUACCUAGUUUAAUGUUGUAAAAAGUCUUCUUUAAGGAAUGUUUUGCUGUUGGAUUAUUAAUUGAAAAAAUAAUCAACAGAUUUAUUAAUUUGCAAAACAAUUGUUAGUUGCAGCCCUCCUUGCUAUGCACAAAAUCUACCCUUCAUGUUAAUCCCAGUCCUUGGAAGUAAAUCCUAGAAAACCUGUGAAGGUAACAAAAGGGAGGCCAGCAUAUUAGAGAAAACAGGACUCAGAGGGCUCUAACCUUGUAAAAUGUUACAGGAAAGACCAUGCGCUCUCCCUAUGACAAAAACUGAGGGCCCAAAGUCCUGAUAGGAGGGUAACCAGCUGUUUUGAAAUCAAGGUUUCUGUGGGAAUCACUUAAUAAAUGUGCUGAAAUUUCCAGUUGAGGAAUAGACUAUUACAAGAAGAGAUAGCUGAUCUAAUGGUUUAUUCUUAUCCAUGGUUGCCAACAAACUUUUCAGCCACUGUAAUAGCUCUAUGGAAGCGAAAACUCACUUCUACCUGUAUAAGUUAAAGCUGUUAAAAACAUUGCAGCCAAUAUACAGUAUAAGCUAUAAUGGGACCCAAGAGAACACCUGUGUGCUGACAAAUUACGAGGACUCAUUGCUAGUUAUGUCUUUCAUGUUGUCUUUUUUGGUAAAUAUGUGCAAGGAUCUUAUCCUCUUUCUAUGAAAAAAAUAAAUAAAAGUGAAUUCGUGUACAUACCUUGCUUCUUAGGUUGAAGAAUUUGUAUUUAUAAAAAGAACAGCCUUUGGUGUGUAUUGAUUACCAAAGUUGUAUGGACAAAUGUGAAGUAUAGAAGAUGUAUCAUAUAUUUUGUAAUAGCUGAUUUUAACUGAUUAUUAAUCUGAUUUUACUGUGCUACUGUUUUUAACCUGCUAAAGCAUCCCUCUGCAAUCAGUGAACUUCAGUGCAACUGUAAACACAACUGUAAAUAUACAGCCAUCAUGUAAAUGUUGCUGCUUGUUGCCGUUAACCAAUCAUAAAGGACAUUCACUGUGCAGGAGGUUUCAGUUCAGUUGCCUAUUUUUAGCUUUGUAAGUGUCAAGGUGAGGAGCUUUGACUGAGCCAAGGGUGAGGAACCUUUGUAAACAUGUAGAGAAACUGCUAAUGUAAAACUGAGCUGGGUUUAUUUAUACAUAAAAGGCUGUAACUCAGGGGCAUUAGACCCCUAAGUAUGGACAUAUGAAUGGUAGAUGUAUGAGGUGUGACAAUGGGACAUGGGACCACUUUAAUAUGCAUCAUUACGAUCUAAAUUAGGACCUAACUUUGCAGAUGAUAACCCUGCAAGUCUGCAAUACUCUAAAAUUGUCCAGCUAUUUUACACAAUUACAAUAUCCAAUAUUGUUGCUCUGCUGCCCUCUGUUGACGUAAAACAGUUAUUGAGUUUUGCAUCAACAACCUGUAGACUACCCCAUUUUCUCAUAAUGGAAACAUUUAAAAUUUGGAGAUGACUGACCUGAAUCUAGGGCUGCAGAAAAUGUAAGUUUAUUUUUGCACUUAUACCCUGUUUCUAAGUUUAAAACUAAACAUUAACAAUUUCUAGUUCUCUACCAGAUAUAUCAGGAUUUAGCAAUUUCCUUAUCCUUAACAAUGAUCCAGUGUAUCUAUAACAUAGUUCUAUCGACAUUUUAUAGAAAAAAAACUUAACCACAAUAUUUUUAAUAAAA